AUGAGGGAUGAAACGGGUGAUCAGUCGAUUUCUUUUGCAACCGGUGGAUUCGAUCAUAUUAUUCGUAUGUGGCAGCCCAGUACUGGCAGAUAUAUUAAAGGAUUUGAUCACAAUGAUUCCCAAGUGAAUUCGUUGGCCUUCACUCCAGAUGGCCGAUUUUUGGCUGCUGCUGGAUUUGCUCGAAUUCGAAUUUACGAUGUCCAAGGAGGCGCUAACCACAUUAAUUCAGUCAAAGAUUUUGCAAAAAAUGUGAAUGUUAUUGGUCAUGAUGCCAGAGGACGUUGGACCUAUGCCGGGGGUGAGGAUAAAAUAGCAAAAAUAUUUGACUGGCGAAGCUCGAAUCAUGGAACACAAGCCUCGUCGGGUUCUUGUCAUAGUUCGUCAAAUAUUAACACAAUGGUAUUACAUCCCAACCAAACGGAAAUUCUCUUUGGGAAUGACAAAGGUGAGAUCUACUGUUGGGACUUGAGAAAUGGCCAGGUUAACGUUAUUUGUCCCGAUUUGCAUGGGGGUGCGAUUCUUUCCCUCUCAAUCAAUCCGGAGGGUACAUCGUUGGCGGCUACGAAUGCUUCUGGUGCUCUCCUACUUUGGUCUCUUGUUGGAAGUAUGAACUUCAAACCCAUUCCCAAGUACAACAAACCCGUCCACUCUUCUUAUGCUCUCAAAUGCGAGUUCUCACCAGACAGUACUCUAUUGGCUACUUGUGGUGCCGAUGGCAAGGUCAAUCUAAUCCGCACAGCCGACUUCAGCGUCACCGCGAUUCUACAACCAUCUGUUAACACUACCAGCGCUGACUCGAGGACAUUUUGGUCUUGGGAUUGUGCCUUCAGCGCGGAUUCGCGCUAUCUCAUUUCAGCGCAUUCCGAUGGCACUGCUCGUUUGUGGAGUCUUGAGGAGAGUCAGCAACGAAGUCUUACUACCUCAUAUUCAACCAGUGGAGAUGCAGCAUCUGGUUCCGCUCCAGAACCUCGAUUGGAGUACAAGGGUCACCAACGGGCUAUUACUUGUAUCGCCUUCCGAGAUCAGUCGCUUUCUAAUUCUCCUUAA